AUGGUACGGGAUCGCCUCUCUCCAUACCUGGAGAGCAAGGGCUUCUUUGCAGACACCAUGUUUGGGUUUCGCCCACAUAUGUCUGCACAGGACGUCCUUCUCCAGCUGCACAGGGCCGUCAUACAACCCACAACUAUGCAACACAAUGACAAAGCCAUCCUCGCCCUUGAUCUGAAGGGCGCUUUCGACAAUGUUAAACACGAUAGCAUCCUGGCCAACUUGAGUUCCACCGACUGCGGGGCUAGGACCUUUGCAUAUAUAAGAGAUUUCCUCUCUAAACGCCAGGCCCUUCUUCGGAUCGAGGACGAGGAAUAUGGCCCGUACAUUAUGGGAACACGGGGUACCCCUCAGGGAGCUGUGUUAUCACCGCUCCUGUUCAACAUUGCUAUGAUGCGCCUUCCAAACAAAUUGGCCCAGGUGGAAGGCAUUCAACACGCAGUAUAUGCCGAUGACAUUACAAUAUGGACCACCGAAGGGAGCAUUGGGGAAAUGCAGGAACGCCUUCAGCGGGCCGCAUCCAUAGUCGAGGCGUAUGCCAACGAUUGUGGACUCCAAUGUGCUCCAACCAAAUCAGAGCUUCUGCAUGUUAGAGCGAAGCCAACCGAUAAAUCAGCCAUACACAUCUCUCUGUCUGGGGUUCCCAUCAGAGAGGUGGAGGAGCUUCGGAUUCUCGGCCUGUUCAUUCACCACAGACUCAGACCGGACUCCACAAUUGCGAAACUCCGGAUAGUAGGCGAACAGGUAGGGCGCAUGAUCCACCGCGUUUCCAACAAGCGGGGCGGUCUGCGGGGCAGGGACGCGCUUCGGCUCGCCCAUGCCUUCGUGACUAGCCGGAUACUCUACGCCGUCCCAUACCUUCGCACUAACAAGCACGAAGACGACAGAAUAGAUGCCAUCAUUCGCAAGGCGACUAAGCGAGCUCUGGAUCUCCCUGUGGCCACCUCCAACGCCAAACUCAGAGCUUUAGGCGUGCUCAACUCCUACCAGGAGUUGCGGGAGGCCCACCUUGUGAAUCAAUACACGCGGCUCGUGCAGACGGCUCCCGGGCGCCGCCUGCUAAACCGAUUACAGAUCCAACACGAGGCGGACGUCGCUCCAGGGCCUCUGGUGGUGACUGCCCAGCGCGUGUCGGUGGCCGACCCAACUGUGCCCUACACGUACGAGGAGAUGGUCAUCCUCGGAGGGAGGCCGAAGCAUUUCAGCAGCAAUCUCUUCAGCAUCGCGCUCACGUUUUCGCCCAUGUUCACGCGCGUGGAGUCGUUCCAGAAGGUCUACCGGCGUCUGGUGGAGCAGGGUGGUGCGCUGCCGGCCGCACAGCUGUUCAGCUUGUCGACGCUGCAAGACAUCCAGGCCGAGCGUGCAGCCAUGCUCUUCACGCGUGUGGCCAUCAAUCGGCGGCUGCACCGCUACUGCCCGAUGCUGCACGGCGAGUUCUACUACGCCCGGCAGCCGGUCACGCAGGUGCCCAUGACCACGUUCGUGCGCAAGGGACUGCCGAGGGCCGUUCGGCGAACGCUGGACGCCAAGUAA